AUGGAGAAGACACAAGUUAAUCCAGAAAAUAUCCAUCACUUUUGGGAGAGUGAAGUGGAGCUGGUAAGGAAGAUAUCCAAGGCGCCAGAUGGAAAGAAGUUUCGGUACUUUGACGACAAGGGCAUCUUCAGUUUCGCCUUUAUGGCGUGGAUGUCCAAAUGGGCCAGAGAAACAUCAAAAAAGUACCUGGACCCUUACAUGAUUCACCCACUUCCACUGGCAGACCAGAUUCUCAAGUGGCAACCAAUUUUCUCAAAACACGUUAGUGAUGGUAUCGCAAGUCUGGAAGCAUUUGAAUACAUGGGUAAGGAUGGGCGAAAGAAAGCCCCCAAACCCGUAAAGUACAUUCUUUGCAGAGCCAUCUUCCUCACCUUUUGGAAACGGCUACUCACUGCUCUGCUGGGAAUUGUUGUUAUGAAUGCAGUUGGCAUGAGUGUUGCCAUCUUUCUUCACAAGUUGCUUGGCCUAUUGUCCGACAGAGACUUUAGGUUCAUGGCAUUUUUAGGACUAGCCCUGUCCAUCAUUCUCAUGGAGUUGUUCAAGGAAAUUUGCAUGGACCACAUCAACUACUACGUGCAAAGACUUGAAAUUGUGAUGGAUUCAUCUGUUCGUACAUCACUCUUUCAGCAUGGACUCUGUUAUAGAAGGAGCCAAUUUGGGAACUUUCAGGCAAAGGGAGGACAGUGCAACAGUAUCAUUCAUGGAUGUUCUGGAGAAAACUUGUGCACAUACAAUCCACUCUUGUGCCCAGCUAGACGUUACAAGAAUAAUGAUUUCACCCCCAAGAUCUACCCUCUAGUGCUAAACGACCCAUACUACAUCCCGCUCUUUGUGGAGUUUAUGGCAGGAAUGAUUGAUUUUCUGACGGCUUUCACAUACGGUAUGAUUUUAAUGAGUAGCCAAUUCAACAUGGGAGCAAUGACUAUUCUCUUAAUCUCUCUCUCCUUGGUAGGAUGUAUGAUUAUUAUGGAGGUCAUGAAUGGUCUCCUCAUGAAGUACUACUUUGGAACGAGAGACCAUAGAAUUACCAAGAUUAACGAGAUUGUUCCAAACCUACUCUUGGUUGAAAGAAUGGCCCUAGAUGAUAUUGGUCAUAAUGCGAUUACAGAGGCUAGAAAUGACGAACUCAACAUCGUUCUUGUCCGUUUCAUUCUCUCCCUCAUGAACAAGAUCUUGUUUACCGCCAUUAUUUGUGUGGACAUUAUUCUUGUUGUAAAUGAUUUCAUGGGACAAGUUAAGGAUGCCACUGAUGUAAAGAGUAUAAGACCUGCUGAACUGUUGACUGCAGUAUACAUUCUCAUGAAGAUUAUCAUCCCAUUGAACAUACUCCCUCUAAAGCUUAAGCUCUUUGUCUACACAUUCAACUCGUUUUUGAGAGUGGAACGUUUCUUUAGAACUUGUUCUCCAAAUUUUUAUUUGCAGGACAACAAGUUUACUGGGGAUACUCCCUUGCCAGAGGCACUACCUGAUAAGAACAAGACGUUACCAAAGGGUCUGGUGGUAAUGUUCAAGAAGGCCUCUUUUGCGUGGGUCAAUAGCAGGAAGGAUCUCCUAGACAACACGGGUACUACUUGUCUUAGGAACCUCGACUUUGUCCUCAACUCUGGCAACCUUGCCAUCAUUACUGGUGCUAAAGGCGCCGGAAAGACCAACUUUGUCAAGGCGGUUCUUGGUGACAUGACUUUGGUAGAAGGAUCAAUGGCUGUGUUACCUCUCUCUACCAACAUGCCAAUAUUUUAUGCUUCUCAGGAUGUAUGGCUUCAAAAGGGUACCAUCAGGGCUAACAUUACCUUUGGCCACAGAUUUGAUGAGAAGCUCUACAACACAGUUCUGAAGGCUAUUGAACUUGAACAUGACAUAUCGACUUGGGAAGGAGGUGACAUGCGUAUUAUUUCUGAAUAUGGUUAUUCUCUCAGUGGAGGUCAGAGAAUGAGAAUUGGACUUGCUCGUGCCAUUUAUGCCUAUCUCAUCUUUAGCAAGACUAAUAGGGAAAAUGGAUCUGAACAUUCCUUCCUCGUGGUAAUAGAUGACUCAUUUACCGGUCUGGAUCCCUUUGUUUCUAAGCUCAUAUUUAGGAAUCUCUUUAAUGCUCAUGACGGAUUACUGGCAAAGGGUGAUGUAUCUACGGUACUUACCAUCUCAAAGAAUAUUUUGGAUGCCUGCGUAUCAUCUGAAGUUUUAGGUGUGUUCCCGGAUGCCCCAAUAUACACAUUGAGGAAUGAGACUCUCGUGCAUGAGAACAUGCUAAGUUCAUUCAUAAAUAAUGAGGUUGGCCAUCUUGAACCUCCAACUCCAUCUGAUGAGAGAGUGGUACCUACUUACAUGUCGGAUGAAGUUCGCCAACAAUGCCACUCUGAUGACUAUGCCCGUGGCAGGCGUAGAGAGAUUGUUGAAUCCAAAUAUGCGGAAUCUCCAACAGUUCAGAUAUUGUAUAAAAGAAACGAGGUCAAGGAUGCUAGAGACAAUAUUAUCACACAGUUUGGUGUCUACUUCCGUGCAGCGGGUUGGCCCAUCUUCUUCUUUGUCGUAUUCACUCUUUUGUUUUCAACAUUGGAUAGUACUAAAUUUAUCAUCACCUCCAAGGUCUCUGACUCCAUAGUUGAUUACGCAAAUGAGCAUAGUCACACGUCAGUUUCGCUUGAGGAAGUUAAGAAGUACUGCAUUAAGGCUUUGGGAUGGAUUGUUGUUCUUUCUGCGUCAGUUAUUGUUGGAUCUAUUAUGCGUACAAUUGCAAUGACUCGAGCCUUUUUCAAUGUAUCAAGGAGAAUUCAUGAGUAUUGCAUCAACUCUCUAUUUGUUAACAGUUCUACGGUUCUAAAGAUCAAAAAAUCCUUCAGUAGCAUUCAGACCUUUUUGUACAUGGACACAUUCUUCAUUGACAAUUUCCUAAGCUAUUUCAUUCACGAGACCUUUGUGCUUUCCAUUGAAACUGCAGUUCAGAUGUUGACGCUAUUCUUCAUGAUGCCAUGGUCCACUCCAAUUGCUAUAUUACUUGGGUUUAUAAUCCUGAGGUUUGUAGUAUAUUGCUACGUAAAGUCAUGCAAGAAUGUCUACUUUGCACGUUUGGAAACUUUCAACCAGAUAAAUGCUACAAUUGAAUCGGCCAUUUCUGGCCUACCCCUCUAUCGUAGUUUCAAGAAGGAAUGGGAGUUGGUGCAUAGCCUUGUUGAGCAUGUUGAUUACAACUUGAGAUGCAACUACUUGACUUUCUCCGCCACGACUUGGACGUCCAUUUCAUUCAGAACUCUGCUUUCUCCGUUGGCAUUGUUCAUCCUUUUGUUCCCUCUGGUCAAGUCCAGGGUGUCUGGCACAGAGGUACAGGUGGGCUAUUAUGCCAUGGCUUAUUCUGUAUUCUUGAGUCUUAAUGGCACAUUUGCAACCUUCCUUAAACUCUAUUGCUUCCUUGAAUUGUACAUGGGAUCAAUCAGGAGGUUCGAAAAUUUUGUCCCUCCAAGCACCAAGAUCAAGUUUGACAAAAAGAGGAACAUUCACCGGACAGAUUUUGUCGUGGACCGUUCUGCAUCAGCUGGAGACGAUAAGAUAGCAGAUGAAGAUAUCAAGGAUACCCUUCGUAGAAGACGUCAUAACGAGUAUGCCAAGAGAAGGGCUUCUAGAUGUACUAGUCUCAAGAUGCUCCUCUUUAAGCACAAGGUUAAUGUGCUUGACGUGUCCAAGUAUGCAGUUCCGGGACAUACUAGGAUAAAGUUGGAUAAUGUUAGUGUAUACAUCACCUCUACCAAGGAUGGAACGCGAUUCCCUAUUUUAAAGAAUGUUACCUGUUCUGCGGAUACCUCGGACAUUAUCGGUAUUAUCGGAAGAACUGGAGCAGGAAAGUCUACUAUGUUGUCAGUACUUCAGAACAUAGUGAGAAGCAGAGACGGUUCUGUUCUGCUUGAUGGUUGUGAUCUGAAUGAUAUGCCAAAGAGUGUGACUAGGCAGAUUAUUGGUGUUUUACCUCAACUACCAUUUGUAUUCAGAGGUUGGACUGUUCGCAGGUUCAUUGACCCAAAAAUGUUAUUUGAUGACAUUGACAUUGAGAUGGCUCUUGAAAACUGCGGUUUGAUCAAGUUUGUCGAAAACAUUUCAGGUAGCAAGGGUCUCGAUACCAUCAUCAUACCCGAACACUAUCACAAGGAUUUACCGGAUUAUCUCAAGAGGGUAUACUAUGGCCCUACUCUGAAACCACACGAGACCUCUUCUGUGGAUAAUGUGAACAUUGACCAUGGAGCUGUGCUUUCAAACUCACAGCUACGUACAUUGCUUGUUGCUAGGUUGGUGCUCUACAGAGAAUUCUACAAGGUCCUCCUGGUUGAUGAGCCUCCAGAGGAUGAACUUGGAGUAACAAAGGAGGGUGUCCCAAUUUAUGAAAUUAUAAGGGCACACUUCCAACACUGUACAACAUUUAUCGCAGCUCACGACUCGACUAUUUUACGUUUGUGCACAUCGGUUUGGGUCUUCCACAGUGGAUCGUUGAUCAAAAAGUGUAGGACCAAGGAUGUUUAUGGUAGUGACUCCCUAUCCAAUAUUAUAGAAGAGUGCAUUAAACAAGCUCAAUGCAGUGCAUCUUGA